UCAUGGAUAGACAGUAGAAUGGCUUGGCAUGCUGGCGCGGGUCUUUCCCAGGACUACAGCAGUAUCCCAUUCAUGUUUAGCACUGAACAGUUCGUCUGGAAACCGUCCAUUUAUGUAGAAAACUCUGUUGAAGACUUGUCUGUCAUAACUGAUUUGUACACACCUAUGAGGAUGGGUAAAUUUGGAAAGAUACGAUGGAGUACAUCCGCAAUUUAUAAAGUGAACUGUGAAUCCGACAUAAGGUUCUAUCCUCUUGACUCCCAAUCCUGUGAAAUUAUCAUCACUACUGCAAGCUACACUGCUAACGAGAUUCGUCUGAAGCUCGAUACUAAUCCAGUAUCGUUGAUGUACUAUACUGAAAAUGGAGAGUGGGAAUUGCUUUCAGUAGAAAGCGAAAAACCGAUUGAUAAAAUAAUGGGAGAGGAACCUUAUACAAAAGUUAUUUUUCGCGUGAACAUGCGCAGACGACCGUUGUUUCACGUGUUGAACACAAUGUUUCCUGUUGCAUUGAUGGCCUUCUUGAUACCCAUGGCCUUUAAACUCCACGUGGAUUCUGGCGAAAAGAUGGGGUAUUCUCUGACUGUUCUUCUGGCAUAUGCUGUGUAUCUAUCCAUGAUUUCAGAAAACAUACCAACAAUCUACCUGGCAUCGACUUUGGCCGUGGCAACCAUUGCUGUACUCUUCGUCAUUAUCGUCAUCAACGUAUACCACACCUCGGAAGACAGAGAGAUCCCGUCUGCUUUAGAGUCGUUCGCUUUUCGUUUAGAGUCAUGCUUUUGUAAACAGGGAAGAAAAACUGAACAAAAACAAUCGAGAAUAGCACCAUCACCGGAAGAGUCCAUCGAGAAGCAACCGGGUGUUGUUGAUGACGUCACUAAACAGGAUGAAAAAGAGGAAGAAAUGACGUGGAAACGACUUGCUUGUCUUCUCGAUCCUUGCUGUUGGAGACCAGCAGUUGCGCCCAAAGCCUACAGCAUUGCCCUGGAGAGUCAGCUGAGAGAAGAACUGUUCUCGGGGUACUCAGUGCUACAGAGACCGUCCCAAGUCGUUGUUGUGAAAGUGGGCUUCACUCUCUUGACCGUCAACGACUUGACAUGGAUAGACAGUAGAAUGGCUUGGAAUGCAGGAGCAGGUCUUUCCCAGGACUACAGUAGCAUUCGUUUCAUGUUCAGCAAUGAGCAACAUGUCUGGAAACCCUCCAUUUAUGUAGAAAACUCAGUUGAAGACUUAUCUGUCAUCACUGAUUUGUACACACCUAUGAGAAUGCGUAUGAAUGGAAAGAUACGUUGGAGCACGCCCGCGAUUUAUAAAGUGAACUGUGAAUCCGACAUACGGUUCUACCCUCUAGAUUACCAAUCCUGUGAAAUACGAAUCACAACCGCUGGCUACACGGCAAUCGAAAUUCAACUGCAGUUGGAAAAGAACCCAGUAUCGUUGAUGUACUAUACUGAAAAUGGAGAGUGGGAAUUGCUUUCAGUGGAAAGUGAGAAACCACAAAAUAAAAUGGAGGAUGGCGAACUCUUUACCAAAGUGAUAUUUCGAGUGAACAUGCGCAGACGACCUUUGUUUCACGUGUUGAACACAAUGUUUCCUGUUGCAUUAAUGGCCUUCUUGAUACCCAUGGCCUUUAAACUCCACGUGGACUCUGGCGAAAAGAUGGGGUAUUCUCUGACGGUUCUUCUGGCAUAUGCUGUGUAUCUGUCGAUGAUUCUAGAAAACAUACCAACAAUCUACCUGGCAUCUACUUUGGCCGUGGCAACCAUUGCUGUACUCUUCGUCAUUAUCGUUAUCAACGUAUACCACACCUCGGAAGACAGAGGGAUCCCAUCUGCCUUACAGUCGUUUGCAUGUUGUCUACAAACAUGCUUCUGCAAAAGACGAACGAAACCUGGGCAAAAACGAACGAAAAUAGAGCCAAUGUGCAUGCAAGACAACAAGCCCAUCGAGAAAACACCGGAUGUAGGUGAUGAUGUCACUAUUUGUGAAGAAGAAUUGACGUGGAAGGAGCUGGCACGUCUUCUCGAUAAGUUCUUCUUCAUUGUGUUCAUGGCUACAAUUACAGUGUCAACAGCAGCUUUUAUUAGUUGGUUGGAUGAACGAUUAAAAUGGUCGACUGGUCGGACACAAGACUACAGCAGUAUUAAUUACAUGUUCUCCACGGAACGGUAUACAUGGAAACCUACCAUUUACGUAGAAAACUCUGUCGAGGACUUGUCUGUCAUCACUGAUCUGAGUACGCCAAUGAGAAUGAACCAACAAGGCCUUAUAGAAUGGAGUACGUCCGCCAUUUACAUGGUCAGCUGCGAGGCCGUCAUCACGUACUAUCCUCUAGACCAGCAGAUCUGUGACAUCAAACUGAGCACGACCGGAUACACCUCUCUACAGAUCAACCUCCUGUUGAAGGCCGAUCCAGUCGAUCUUCAGUUCUACUCCGAAAACGGAGAAUGGGAGCUUCUGGCAGUCACUGGGACAAAACCAGACGACAGAGUAAAAGGAUCGGUUUCGCAUUCGAAAGUCACGUUCAGCAUCCACCUACAGAGGCGGCCGAUGUUCCACGUGUUGAACACAAUGUUUCCUGUGGUGUUGAUGGCUUUCCUGAUUCCCAUGGCGUUCAAGCUGCACGUGGAGUCCGGAGAGAAGAUCGGGUACUGUCUGACGGUCCUUUUGGCGUACGCCGUCUACCUGUCCAUGAUCUCGGAAAACAUCCCAAGUACCUCGGUCUCCAUAUGUUAUCUGUCUAUUUACCUGGCGUCCACCCUCGUCCUGUCCACCCUGUCUGUUCUCUUUGUCAUCCUCGUCAUCAACGUUCACCACACGCCCGACGAUGAACCGAUGUCGGACAGACUCAAGUCGGUUGCUUUAAAAAUGGAAAAGUGUAUAUGUAGGAGAAAAAGAAACGAAUCUGCAACACAGCCAGUAAAAGUGGCACCCGCAUCAGAAGAAUUACCAAAGGGGAAAAAACAGGGCGCCUUUUUGGAGUCAUGUGACCCAGAGGAAGAGGAAAUGACGUGGGUCCGAUUGUCUCCACUGUAUACUCUGGUAGCCGGACAGGGGGGCAAAUCGUCUCCCCCGGCCUACACCACGGCACUGGAGACUGCCCUGAGGACGGAGAUUUUCACCGGGUACUCCCAUCUACAGAGACCCAUGAAACAGGUCCAGGUGAACAUAGAACUCACCCUGCUCACCGUCAAUGAUCUAAAAUGGCAAGAUUUCCGUCUGAUGUGGGAUAGUUCUACAACUCUCUCUCAGGACUACACAAAUAUCAAAUUCCUAUUCAGCAACGAAAACUAUAUGUGGAGGCCAUGUAUAUUCAUUGAAAACUCAGUUCAAGAUUUAUCCGUAAUCAGCAACCCGAACACUCCGAUGAGAUUAAACCAACAAGGCUUCGUACAAUGGAGUCCUGCCGGAAUCUACAUGGUAAACUGCGAGUCGGACAUUACGUACUAUCCACUUGACUACCAAACCUGUGACCUAAAACUCACCACCUCCAGCUACACUACGUACGAAAUAAGACUGCAAAUGGUCAAAAACGUGGUAAAUCUAGACUUUUACACCAAAAACGGAGAAUGGGAACUCCUGUCUGCAACUGGCAUGCAAUCAGACGACAAGGCAAGGGGAGGCGAGUCGUUCUCCAGUCUUACCUUCCGAUUUCACCUGCGCAGACGACCAUUAUUUCACGUGCUGAACACGAUGUUUCCCGUGGCUUUGAUGGCUCUCCUCAUCCCCCUGACGUUCAAACUUCACGUGGACUCUGGAGAGAAGAUCGGAUAUUCUCUGACGGUGUUGCUGGCUUACGCCGUGUACCUGUCCGUCAUAUCUGAGAAUAUCCCCAGUACAUCUGUCUCCGUAUGCUACAUGUCGAUAUACCUGGCCGCCGUACUGGGGGUGGGGACCAUAUCUGUUCUAUUUGUCAUCAUCGUCAUCAAUGUUUUCCACACACCAGUCGAGAAACCCAUCCCGAAGUGGACCAGACGAUUUAUCUCGCUUCUCAUGAAAAUAUUUUGCUGGAAAGGUACCAGCUGCCAUUUGAAAUCCAAUAAAACAGAAACCGUUGAAAAGACUCCCGUCACUGAAUUCACCAAAACGCCUGUCAUGACGUCAAUACACGAAGUCGAGGCGGAAGACGUAGAAGAGGAGACAGAAAUGACCUGGAAGUUGGUCGCCGCCGUCUUGGAUUAUUUAUUCUUCUUGAUUUUUAUGUUCGUUGUUCUUUUGUCCACGGUUAUUUUUGUUUCUGUUAUAGUCCUGAAAUACGUCACGUAUUAAAUGUACUCUCUGUUAAAUUAUCAAAUGUUAUAUAUCUAUACCAUUAACUGUUUUUGUUAAAAAUAGGAGUGUCCUCGUAUUUCUGUACAUGGUGUUCUGAAAUAGUUUGCAUAAUUACGCAGUUUUUGUGUAAAUGACUAAUAUUUUAGUUGUUUGACUUCAAACGUUGAAUUAUCGUUAAAAAAAUAAAAACAUUAAAAAAAACAA